GUUGUUAGUUAUGCUUUUGUCGAUGGUCUUUGAUAAAGAAAUGUUUAGGCCCAACUCUAGGUUUAAAGGGCAGUUUGAAAUCUCAUAUUAUCAAGUGCAUCCUUCAAACGGUACUGUGUGUAUGUUAUUACCUCCACCAUGGAGUUUAUGAUUUCACCUAUGUCUGUUUAUGUUGGCUUGUUUAUUUGUCAGCAGGAUUGCACUGAUUACACAAGUACUGAACCGAUUUGCACUGAAGUUGGUGGAGGGACUGGGUAUGGGCCACAGAAGAACAUAUUACGUUUUGGGGGCAGAUCCAGAUCAUUUACUAUGAAAUUGAGUGUCCUUCUACAUAGUAUAGAGUAUGCUGCUAUUAGAAUACAAAAUGUGAUAUUAUUUUCUUUCAACAAAACUUCAUAGUAAUUGACAAACUAGUGGAAAAUUGCACUGUUGCAUUAAAAUGUGAAGCUCCGGAGAACUCGACUAUAUCAGUGAUGAGCAAAAUGUGAUUAAAACAGGCGAACAUCAUUUUGACAUUAUUAACUGUGGGAUUUUGUCUAUAAAACACACUUGUACAUAAUACUGGACACUUUCGCAAUCACGAGAGCUUGUGUGGAUAAGACGAUGGUUGGACCACAAGAGGGAGUCAGAAUCGAACACAUGAACUUUGCGCCCGUUUCAAAUCUCACAGGGCGCUUUUCCCCUCUACACAAGACCAGGGGUCUGCGAGUCCUAUCUAUCCAGAUUUGAAUCGACACUGUAUUAAGAAAUUGAAAAUACUGCUGACAGUGACAAAAUAUGUCUAUUUUUAAUAAAGAACUGAACUAAGCCGGGCUGCUGUAGAUGAUGGGUGAACUGGUCCGCUCUCUCGCUGGAAGCUCCGCCCGUUUGCUGUGCGUCUUCCUCAGCCCUCAUUCAAAACAGAGGACAGCUGUUGCUAAGCGCAUCGUCGUGUCCUGAGCGUUAGCCUAAAAACUGUUAGCUGUCUGCUUUAUUCUGAUGUACCCACUGGAAUAUCAGGAGAAGAAAGAAGAAUACCGCGCACUUCGACAACAGGAACCAGCCUCACAGAAAGACAGGACUCGAUAGACAAAGACAGCAAUACAGAACAACAGUUCAACCUCACUUCUAGCACUAUGCCCAUCUGACAUACAGCUGACGGCCGGGUGGACUUUGCUGCAACUGAGGAUGAUGAAUGAUCUCCUGCGCUAGAGCUAGUGGGUGUGGGAAUGAUGGACCUCCCUAAUGGCCAAUCAAUCAUCACCACCACUGCUGCAACAGUCUCUGAGAAGAGCAGCAGCUCAGAAUCUCUCAGUGAUAAGGGUUCUUCAGAGCUGAAGAAGAGUUUUGAUGCUGUUGUGUUUGAUGUGCUUAAGGUCACUCCUGAAGAAUAUGCAGGCCAGAUUACGCUCAUGGAUGCUCCUGUGUUCAAAGCCAUCCAGCCAGAGGAGCUUUCAAGCUGUGGCUGGAACAAGAAGGAAAAACACAGCUCUGCUCCAAAUGUCGUGGCCUUCACUCGCAGGUUCAACCAGACAAGUUUUUGGGUGGUGAGAGAGAUCCUCCAUGCGCAGACGUUGAAGAUCAGAGCGGAGGUGCUGAGUCUUUACAUUCGCACUGCCAAGAAACUGUGUGACAUGAACAACCUCCAUGCGGUCAUGGCUGUCGUGUCAGGGUUGCAAAGUGCUCCCAUCUUCAGGCUUACUAAAACAUGGGCGUUACUGAGUCGGAAGGACAAGGCAACGUUUGAUCGACUCGACUACCUGAUGUCCAAAGAAGACAACUAUAAACGUCUGAGAGACUACAUAAGCAGCCAGAGCAUGGUCUCCUGUAUACCAUACCUAGGGAUGUACCUGUCUGACCUGACCUACAUAGACUCAGCCUACCCCUCCACAGGCAGCAUACUGGAGAACGAACAGAGAUCAAACCUGAUGAACAACAUUCUCAGAAUCAUAUCGGACCUGCAGAGAUCCUGUACUUACGAUAUACCAGUGUUGCCUCAUGUACAGAAGUAUCUCAACUCAGUCAGGUAUAUCGAGGAGCUGCAGAAGUUUGUGGAGGAUGACAAUUACAAGUUGUCACAGAAGAUUGAGCCAGGCACCAGCACACCACGAGCAAACGCCUCCAAAGAAGACCUUGUCGGCCAGGAAGCGUCAGCAUCUCCUCUUUGUGGCCGUAAAUGUGCGGUAGCAAAUGAAGGACCAAAAGUCCCGGCCACACCGCCCUCCCCUAGAAACCUGCUGCCCUACGGACACAGGAAGUGCCACAGCCUGGGCUACAAUUUUAUCCACAAGAUGAAUACGGUAGAGUUUAAAAGUGCUACGUUCCCCAAUGCCGGUUCUCGCCAUCUGUUGGACGACAGUGUGAUGGAGAGCCACAGUCCUACUAGGGGACAAGCAGAGAGCUCCACUUUGUCCAGCGGCAUUUCACUCGGGAGCAGUGAGGGCUCGGAGCUCAGUGAAGAGGUGUCUUGGCCAGCUUUUGAGAGGACUCGGUUCUAUCACUCUUUGGGCCCAGUGACCCGAGUGGCCCGCAUCCCCUACAGAGGAGUCCUGAGGCCCAGCAGCUCUGUGGAGUCGGAGGAGCUUGCAGUCCACUUGUAUCCCGGAGCAGUCACAGUGCAGGGGGUGCUGAGACGAAAGACUGUGCUCAAGGAAGGCAAGAAACCAACUGUGGCAUCUUGGACCAAAUACUGGGUCGCUCUUUGUGGAACCCAGCUCUACUACUACCCUGCCAAGUCCCUGAAGGCCACUGAGAGAAAACAUUUCAAGUCAACGUCCAGUAAGACUGUGUGUGUGGUGGGUCUAAUGGCCAUGAUGGCUGACGAUCCAGAGCAUCCUGAUGUCUUCUUGCUGACUGACUCAGAGCACGGUAACACCUACAAGUACCAAGCAGGGAACAGAAUGAACGCUUUGCUCUGGUUCAAACACCUGAGUGCUGCCUGUCAGAGCAAUAGGCAACAGGUGCCAGCCAAUCUGAUGUCGUUUGAGUGACCGAUGAUGGGGAGUGCGAAUGAGCAAAGGAGAGAGGGAUGAGGAAACAGACGAGGAGGAUGAGGAGGAGUAUUGACUCAGUAGUGGGAGCUUUCACUGCCAUGAGCCCUGCCCGCCAAUUCUCCGAUUCUAGCCCCGGCCUCACUGCAGCCUCACCUGCCACCACUGCCUUAACCAGAGUACCCUGUGUGCGUGUGCUUGUAUAUGUGUGAGUGAGUGUGUGGGUGUGGAUGGAAGUGACUGUUUUGGAUGUAUUUACUACUGAACAAGGACCUGGACCACUGCUCUUGUCUCCCAUUUGCUCUCAGUGUCUUUUGUUUUUACUGCAAGUGUUCAGCACUUCAGUGGAGCCAUUCGACUUCUCCUCUCCUCUCUCACAAACAGACUGUCCUCGGAUGGACAGAAAUAAUCCUCCCCUUUGGUUUUCUUAAGGGGGUUUAGGUAUUUUUACCCAUGUCCCCACUAUGCUCGAAUGGAAGAUUCUCGCCUUUUAUUCGGCUGGACACAAAGUCACAACACUCACACUCACAUUGGACUAACCCGUUGGACUUUGGAGGGUUUGGAAAAACACUUUUUUUACUUAUUCGGUUCACACUUUCAAUUGUUACUCUUUUCAUUCACUUGAGUUGUCAUGGAGUCACAGGAUUAGUUACAUAAACCACGCACUCACACUCUCUCUCUCUCUCUCUCUCUCUCUACACACAUACACACACACACACAGGCCUAUUUGAUUGCAUCGUUGUAAACCUAAGGGCUCUGAUUCGUAAUCAAUUCCAGCAGAAACAAUUCCCACACUUCCUGAAUGUUUCUAAUUUUUAUUACAGAGCUUAGUCCCCCCCCUCUCUUUUUUUGUCAUAUACUCGCUAAGUGUUCUGUAUGUGUGUGUGUGUGUCUGUAUAACUGCAUUGGGUGAGGAGGGGGAGGGGAUGGGAGGGACAAUGUUUGCUCAAAUUACAGGAAUCUUGUCUGUGUUCCACAAGAGUACAAUAAUCCCAGAAUCUAAGCUAAGACAUGUUCACAGUUGGGUAGACAACUCCUUUUACAAGCCUGCUUUUCUUUGUUCUCCAGUGUUGUCUGCUCUCUGUCGUCACCGCCGUCAGCUCAGAGAGGUGACGCUUGGUUCACCAGACUUAUACACACUAAACACUACAGACUUGAAACUGUGAAAGAGUCCAAGAGAGAGCAGCAAGAACUAAAAAUACAAGAUUUUAUCUCCUCUUCUUCUUGUUGCUUAACAUGGUUAGAUCCUCUGGUCUGGAGCAGACAUUCAAAGCUACCUGGAGCCAUACAGAGUCUAUUUUAAGUCUUGUUUGUUGAUAUUGUUUCGUGUUAUUAGUUUCUUUUCAUUUUUUUGGGAGGGAUGGUGCAGUUCACAGUAUUACCAUUUAGUAGAUGAUUGCACGUCAGUGUAGGCUUUUUUUGUCUGUUACAUAUGAAUGUUACAUUUUUGUUUUUGUGGUUUUUGCCCUUUUUGGAGCAGUUAUUUUGAAUAUUUUAUGUACAUGUGAAUUUUAAUUUUUUUCUUUCUAUUUUUUUCUUUUUCUUUUUUUUUUUUUUUUUGCCCCUUAUUGUAUUAACCAGAACCCAGCUGACCUUUAGGCCCCAACCAUGUUGCGUCUGAUUCAGAAAUAGCAUAAGCAUCUUGGUUAUAAUUAGUGCCAAGUAAUGUUAUUGUCACUGUUUUCUUCAGUUUGAUGAAAUGAUAAGAAGGGCAGAGUUGCAGUGGAAUUAGUUGUAGUUACUGGCUGUGAGGAAAACUUGGGGUUUACAGUUUCCACUAUGCAUCACAGAUGUUUGACGGUGCCACAAAUCAAUUAUAACUGUUCGAACAUGAUCAGGAUGACAAUGAUGAGGUGCUUUUUGCCCCAAAAACACUCAACAAAUUCUAAAUCAUUUUUAAAACAGCUGUUUACAUUGUAUGUUUACACAAUCUUUUGUCACAACAUCACAAUCUCCUCACUGCUCCACAUGUACAGUAUCUACUUUAGGAAAAAAUAUUGCGUAGAAACAACGGUCCUCGUAUCAGUGAGGUAUAUUAAGCUCAGAGUUGCAGGCUGAACAUAUCUGUACCCUCAGCGCUGGAUCCCCUUUAAUGUGUCUAAUCGGAUGUAAAACUGUCCUGAACACAAUAUAUAAGUCAUCAGUUCAACUUUUAAGGUCAGACAAACUAUUACAAAGAGACAAUGAGAGACAAUGUCUUUUUAGUCCCCAUCAGAAGAUGUUCAGCCCUUUGUAUAUUAACUAAAAGAGAUGGUAGUAGACGAACCUGUGGAAGAAUGAAUGAGGAAGCCAAAGACAGGCUUACAUAUGUAAUGUGGCAAGUUACUCUAAGUACGUGUGUGCAUUUGUGUGCCUGUGCAUACUACUCUAUUUUUUUAAAAACAUAAUUGAAGCCAGAUAGGCAAAUCCCUUUGGGCUGUCGUCACUGCUGAGCAGUGGGGGUAAGCAGCUAUCUAAUCAUCUGUGUGACUGACUCUGCCAGCUCAUGCUAGAACUCCGCUCCAACUUGUGUCGUACAGGAAGUGUGAAGAAAGGAGCAGAGAGGAAGUGGAAACUGUACUCAUCUGUGUCUGCUGAGGCUGGCGCUGUAGAGGGGAGCAGAGAGGGUUUGAAGUGACAAAAUCCCAGAGCUGAAGCACCUUGGAGGCUGAUCGUUACUGUUGAUUUAAUACCACUGGUGGGCCAGGAACAAGAGGGCUGUGAAUGAAAUAGGUGAAAUGGGUGAGGCAGAGUUUUAGGGUUGAGAGACUGUUUAGAUGCUGUUGAUCUUUCCGACUGAUUGACAUAUUCAGACAAGCUUCACCGGGGGUCAUUUGCAAAAUGUUGAUGAAUUGGUACAGCCAAGCAGGAAUUUAUGCUUUCUCAGAAACUCUGAAAAAAAAAAAAACUGUGGGCCAAGAGUGGCUGAGAUGUAAACAAACCCAAAGUAGACAGACAACAACCCCGUCAUAUUUACUUUCUUUCUGUUUGCUUCAUCUUAUGUUGAUUGAGAACAACGAAAGAAAAAAGAAAUGACGAGAUGUAAACGAUGUGGAUUCCUGAGUUAAAAGUUUUAUACUUUAAAAGACCAGAAAGGGAAAUUUGAAUUCGUUGGGUUGGGGGGUGGGUUAUUUGAAAUAAUUUGGGUUGAACAUUUUCCCUCAAGAAAUUCUCAGAUCAUGUCAAGCGCUUUGUGUGAGGUUUUCCUUACUGUAACCUGAGUUUACAUGAAUUACCUUUUUAUAAUCAUUUCUGUACAGUGUAUGGUCAGAGUAAUGGAAAUGUGUUUCAUUUUGGUUUUAGUUGACUCAUUUCCUGGAUUUCAAGGCCAAUCACUGCAAAACACAAAGAUCCCACGAUCAUCUAUUUUGGGAUGAGUGGAAAAUUCAAAUGUCAGCCACUCAUUCAAGAUAAUUUUUGGUUAUUAUGAAGAAACUUGAUGCCAAGCUUGAAAAUUCUCUUUGCUGUGGUUCAGAGUUCAUGUUGUUUCCUUUAAGUUGACCAUACUGUCUACAAAUGCACAAUUUGCCCUGUAUUAACUGUUUUGAUUGAAUCUGCUGUCAGAAUUCAUUCUUUUAACAGUCAUGAAAAAUGUUCAAAAGUUGAGAUGAAGGGUUCAACCAGAGGGAGGUGUUUGAGUGUGAGUAUAUGAUGUGUUUAUUCUUUGGUGGAGAAAUGAAACCAAUGUGAAUCUGUGGCUCCUGCGUACGGGCCAGGCAUCAUUCUCUGUUUACCAAGGACAUCGACAACAACCUUCGUUCAACCCAGCAAGGGUGACGAGGGUGAUGUAUAAGUGAUCUUUGACCGUCACCCUUCACCUGCCUCUGUGCUUGUCUGUCUGCCCAUGAUGUGACUGUGGCAAGCGCUGUGACCUCACUGCUGAGUGAUGUGCUGCCUGGUGUGAAGACUGAGAACCAAUAAACACUCUGCCCUUUUUUACUCCACA